CUCUUCUUUCUUUCAUUGAUCAUUUCAAUUCUUAAACUAAAGUUAAACUCAUUUGUUCUUCUUUCUUGAAUUGUACACUUACGAUCACAAAACAAAAAUGAAAUUACUAAAUAUUUUCUUGAUUCUUGUUCUUGUUUCAUCUCUAUUAGUACUUUCUAUUUCCGCAUUACCACAUGAGCAAGAAGAACAAGACGAACAAGACGAACAACAAGAAGAUCUCGAUUAUGAGUUAACCGAACAAUCUAAUGACGAUGAAAUAAAUGAAGUUAGCUCCGAACAUGAAUUUGGUCGCGUUCUUUAUCAAAGGAAACUCCGAAAACCUCGACGUGUACAAUGUAAUAAGUAUCCUACGAUUUGCCAUGCCAAGGGCAGUCCAGGGCCUCAUUGCUGUAAAAAGAAGUGUGUAAAUGUGUUGACUGAUCGCAUGAACUGUGGAGCUUGUGGGAAGAAAUGCAAAUACAAUCAGAUUUGCUGUAAUGGCAAAUGUGUGAAUCCAUCUUUCAGUAGAGGGCAUUGUGGAGGCUGCAAUAAUAGGUGCAAAAAUGGAGGGUUCUGUGCUUUUGGUCUUUGCAAUUAUGCAUAGAUCAUUAAAUGUUGAUGAUGAAGAUUUAAUUA